AUGGUUGGAAGGCAAAGUGGCAGUGUGAAGCCUGGAGAAGCUCCGGCUAUCAAAGAAGGGACUACUAGCUUCAGGCAUGAUGCGAGCACUUUGGCGGAGAUUUGGGAUAGUGCUGGGGUUCAAAGGGCGACCAGAUGGGAGGUGGAGUGCUCGCUUGACGAGGUUGGGGUUCAACCCAGAAUCAAGAAUGCUGUCGAAGAUGAGAAAUCCAGGAGAUUGUUCCCUACUAUCCCAGAGGAGGGAUAG